CCGCCUCAGCACAAUGGUCUCUUGGAUAAUCUCUAGACUUGUGGUGCUUAUAUUUGGCACAUUAUAUCCCGCAUACUACUCAUACAAAGCUGUCAAGUCAAAGGAUGUGAAGGAAUAUGUAAAAUGGAUGAUGUACUGGAUAAUAUUUGCCCUAUUCACAACCAUGGAAACCAUCACAGAUAUAUUUAUCUUUUGGGUUCCUUUCUAUUAUGAGCUGAAGAUUGCCUUUGUGGUAUGGUUACUGUCUCCCUACACAAAGGGGUCCAGCGUUCUAUACAGGAAGUUUGUUCACCCAACACUUUCUUCAAAAGAAAAGGACAUUGAUGACUAUCUCUGCCAAGCAAAGGACAAAAGCUAUGACACUCUGGUGACUUUUGGGAGGAAAGGUUUGAAUGUGGCAGCCACAGCUGCAGUACUGGCUGCGACAAAGAGCCAAGGAGUACUGUCAGAUAGACUGCGAAGUUUCAGCAUGCAGGACUUGUCCGCCUACCAGUCCGACCCAACUGAGAUGGACCCUGGAUCUGUCCACACCCAGUCUGCAGCUGGACAACAAAGGGCCAGGACGAUGAUGCGCAGCAAGUCAGAGAUUGGCUACACCAAGGGGCAGGAUUUUGACAUGACUGAAUAUGAGGUGUUGAGCCUCGAUCAGUGUGACACCAAGGAGCCACUGUCCCAUCCUAUUACGCCCCCCGAACCCAUGACUGAACCCACACCCCCUCUGACCCUCCAGCCCUCUCUACCCUCUCCAUCCCCUGCACCCCCAGUAACAGAGCAGACUGAGGACAUGAUGAUAGGAGGGGAAACAUCCACAAGCUCCCCACAGCUCAGGUUGAUUAAGAGGAAGGUGCCUGAGCCUCCUCCUAGAGUCUUAAGGCCUCUCACAAGAUUCAGGAGUGCCCAGCUGUCUUCAAACAGAGAAGCCAUGUGAUAUUCUGUGAAUGCUCCCAAGACUGCUUUAGCUGCGAGGGUAAAUAAGGAAAUGUGGCCUAAAGCUAAAUGUAUAAAGCAGCCUUGUUUUAGAAUAAGGAAACCAAAGUGACUUGUGAAAGUCUACACACCCCUUGCACAGUAUUCACAUUUUGAUGCCUUAACAUUUUAGAGGACCAAAAUGGAACUAGUGUCGGGCAUGACCAGUACAUGUGAUACAGAGUGGCGGGUGGCUGAUGACAUCUAGAGCAGGUUGGGUCUAUAUCUGGAUACAAUCUGGGAAGUCUAAUCCUGCAAAAGUGUAGGCGAUUAACUACUUGAAACUGUAGUAACCCAGGAUUGUAGAAUGCAGGUGAUAUCGGAGAUCUCGCUUCCAAACUCUUCCUCCCAUGAAUGCUUUACAUGGUCAAGAGUGGGGCAUGCAAUAUUAUGAAUAAUGUCAUACAGCAUAGAAAUGUGUCCCUUUACUUAGGGAUCCAGGUUCAAACAUAAUCAAGCCAGCUGGUGGAAGGGAGGGACGGGAAAAUAUUUUUUGUAAAGUUGCGAAUCUGCAGGUACCUGAAGAAAUGUGUCUGGGGUAUACUGUGCUCUCUAACUAGAUGUUCAAAGGGGAUAAAUGCACGGUCAUGGAAAAGGUCUGUUACACUCUUCGAUCCUUUCUGAAACCAUAGCUAGAAGGCUGUGUCUAUGAAGUAGGUUGUGAAGAGUGGGUUGGAAAUUAAAGGCAUGGAUGAGAUGGCUUGUCUACAUCAAAAGUGGAUCAUAAACUGAGACCAUAUACUUAGAAAAAAGGGUUCCAAAAUGGUUAUUUGGCUGUCCCCAUAGGAUAACCCUUUUUGGUUCCAGGUAGAACCAUUUUUGGUUCCAUGUAGAACUAUUUUGGGUUCCAUGUAGAACCCUCUGUGUAAAGGGUUAACUGAAGAACCCUUUUAGGUUCUAGAUAGCACCUUUUUUUCUAAGAGUGUAUCCAGAUCUAACUUUUCAUAAUAGUGUUGUUUGAGUGGUAUUAUUUGCUCAAUGGUAGGGUGGCACAGACUAAGGAGACCGGGGAUGAUGUUUGACAUGAGUGCUUUUCCAUAAAGGACCACACCAUUCCUUCCCCAUCUAAAAAUGCAGAGACCCAAAAGGUUAUCUUGUGACUAUUGGGAGCCCAGUAGUAACGGAGGAAAUUGGGUAGGGCAAGACCCCACUCUCCUUUCUGUCUUUCCAAAAAUUAAAGUAGAUAUGUCUAUCCAGUAAUUUAAAAAACGAUUUUGCUAUAAAGAUAGGAAUAGUUUGAAAAAGAUACAGGAAUCGUGGCAUGAUGACCGAGUUGACUGACAGCGAGUGAUAUGGGGAGUGUCGACCAGCGAUAGAGGUCCUGCUUAGCCUUCUCCAAGGCUGGCUUGAAAUUUAAAUGAAUAUAGAAAUGUUUCCUAAUAAAACAUAACCUGAGUUAAUACUUGGUGGAAGCUCCACAGGCAGCUAUUACAGCUGAAUGAUUUUCAAAACAAUUUUACCAACUUUGCACAACUCUUAGGGCAACAUAUGUCCAUUGUUUAUCAGAAUUGCUCAAGCUCAGUAAAUUUGGUUAGGAAUCAUUGAUGGACAGAAACAUUCAAACGUCUCUGAUUUUCAAGAAAAUGUAUGUCAGGACUGAGACUAGACCCCUCAGGAACAGUUUCUUGGAACACCAUUCUGGUGUGUCUUUGCCAUAAACAUUUGUGAUAUUGUGGUAUUAUGGUGGAAGCAUUAUGUUAUGGGUCUGCUCGUCACCGGCAGGGACUGGAGUUUGUCAGGAUCAAAAGAAAUAUGAAAGGAGCAAAGCCCAGGUAAAAAGUUAGAGGAAAACCUGCCUCAGUCUUCUGAAAACCUAACUCUUGACUAGAGUUGUAUUUUUCCAUGAGACAAUUACACACAUUUUAAUAACAAAGACACACAAGAAUGGCUUUCCAAGAGGUGUUGAGUGUCAUGAAUAGUCCAAUCUCCAUCCUGACUUAAAUCGGAUUAAAUAUUCAGAGACAAUAUUGCUGUCCAUCAAUGAUUCCCAAACAAAUUUACUGAGCUUGAGCAAUUUUUACAAAAACAAUGGAUAUGUUGCCCUAAGAGUUGUGCAUAGUUUGUCAAAUCUUGUAAAAAAAGAAAAUCGAGCUGUAAUUGCUGCCAAAGUUGCUUACACAAAGUACAUCCUCAUUCUGUACUUCUUAGUAAUUUAGAAACGUUUGUCAUUUUUCAUUCACUUGGAAAAUGUGGAAUACGUUGUGUAGAUAGGAAAACAAUCACAUUUAAUCCCUUUUAGAUUACAUUUUAAGGCAGCAAAAUGUGAUGACUGUGCAAGGGAUGUGUAGACUUUCACUAGCGACUGUAGGACCUCUGGCACAUACUGUAGUGUAAAGGAGACAGAGGGUGUGUGCCAUCGAGGUAGCACACACACACACGAGUGGAUUCCAUAGUGCACAGACAUUUUGGCUUGAUUUGUCGGUCAUUGAAUACUUUUUGUAUGUAUGUACUGUGUGUGUGUGUGUGUGUGUGAUAUUUUUUUUUAUAUUAUGUUUAGAGACAAAUGCAUGUAUGUGUCUCUGGUCAUUUGAUGUGUCAUAAAACAGAAUGUAUAGUCACUGAAUCUUUUUGUGGCUACUUGGUCACUGUAUGAGAUGGAAUCAGUCACCAGGAGAGUAGCAGGGUGAAAUACUCUGUAAUGAAAGAUUUUGGUUUGUAGGGAGAUCUUUGAGCUGGCAAAUACAAUCUGUACUGACAAUUUAACAGGACACAGAAUAUUUAAAAUAAUUGUCCAGUCAGGUUAGUAUAUCUCCUCAAAUGUGGUAUUUAUUUAUGAGAGAAUAGCAAUUGUAGGACUUAAUAAAAAAAUGCUGAUUAUUAUUAAUCUACUGGCAAUGGAACUAAAAGAGUCAAAGUAUGAGUAAGUUGCUCUAAGUUUCACUCUUUACGUUUGCUUAUAAAGCCUUAAACCAUAAAAACAAAACAUUAGGUCUGGUACUACAGUAAUAUCAGUACUCUGACAAAUCAUGAGCAAUUCUAUGUGGCCAUAACGAUUACUAAUGUCAUUGACUAUGGGCCCUAUGCACUAUGUUUAGAGUUAGUGCAACAACUGCUCUAGUACCAUGAAAUGGCAACAACAAAACACCGACAUGUAAGAAUGAGUUUUGCCUCUUUUGGUUCACUGAUCACCAUGUUAUAGAUCAUUACCAGAAUUAUUAUUACAUGGGAUUAGUUACUAUUCAAAUAAAUAAAUUGCUCUAAGGAGCAGAAAUCGGGACAAUCGACUUUUCAAGCUCGUUAUGAAUUAUCUGGCAUUGAAGUGUGUCAUUCAAUUGUUUUGUAAAUGUUUGUAUUACUCAUGUCUUAUGGCAUCGCCAUACAUGUUUGUAUUUUCAGGUUUAGCACACACAACAUACUUUGACGUGUAUAGCUAUUGUAUAACAAAAGAUAGCCAGUGGCGAGGGCUAUAUAGGUGGCCCUUCUCAGAGUCUAAAAACACCGUGCAAUACUCUGCUUUCACUGAGCAAUUGUCAACUCAUGGUUCUUACUUAAAACUCUACUUUUCUCAAUGUAGCCACAAUUGUUGACCUGUCUUUUCCCAGCCAAUGUUCCUGUUGCCUAUUUCUGUGAGGGCAUAGCAAUUCCUAUAGGCAGGUUCCUAACCUUCUGUAAAUUACAUGAAUAUUGGUGAAGUGUUUUUGCCAAAGGUAGUGAGUGACAUACCGUCUAUGUCUAAAAUGAAUGUUUUUGCACUGUAGGUAUGUGAAUUAACUUGGCUAUUACAUAAUGCUUCACUAAAUAUUAUGCUUGGUGUUUGGGCAGCAUACAUUUUUGUUCACUGUUUUCAAUACAGUAGCUUCAAUUAGAAAUGGAAGCUUCUCCUCAGGUAUGUGUUCAGUUUACACAUCAAAUUCAAACACUUUCUGGUAGAAACAUUUUGGUAUAAACUUGUUUGCACAUGGAAUAUCAGUAAGAGGUUCCCUCUAAUUGGGACAUUCUUUUUUAGGAUAAAGGUUAUUUAUGGACAGAGAUUUGACCUGUGGUAGAAUUUUAAAUCCUUGUUGCGACGUUCGUGUAGUUUCAGUUGGAAUGUGAUCUCCUUUUCAAAUACUAACAUAAAAAUAAAAUAAGAAGUGAAUCAUU